GGCCGCCCCUCCCCUCCCCACUUGUGGAACACUGACUGGGCUCCCAGAAGCCUGAGUUCCAGGGCCAGCAGCAGGAGGCGCCACGUGGUCAGGCUUCCAGCCCUGGAGGAAGUGCUGAGAGGGGUGGUCUGGGGAGGGCAGGGCCUCUGACCCCUGCUCUGGCUAUGUAUGUGGGAGAAACGCAUCCUGAGGUCAGGUAGCCCAGAGGUCAGGAAGAUGGAGUUACCACUAAAGAAGUCCCAGAAGUCAACUGCCAUCCGCCUUAGGCUGACACCCAUCCCUUUCUUGAAGCAGAAGCAUCGAUCAUCCCCGCGAAAAUGCCAGGGCUCUCUCUCCUCCUUCUGUGUGGGACCUGUUUAUUCCUCCCCGCACUACAAGAAAGCGGAUGAUGAGAUGUCUGGGACUAUGUCCACUGUGGACCUGCAUGAGGCACCCCCUCGCACCAUUUACUUCAACCAGCCCCAGCAGAGCAAGUUCCGCAACAACCGGGUCAGCACAGCAAAGUACAGCUUCCUCACAUUUCUACCUCGAUUCUUGUAUGAGCAGAUUAGAAGAGCUGCUAAUGCCUUCUUCCUCUUCAUUGCCUUAUUGCAGCAAAUUCCAGAUGUGUCUCCAACAGGAAGAUAUACCACCCUGGUGCCAUUGAUGUUUAUCCUAACAGUUGCAGGCAUCAAAGAGAUUAUAGAAGAUUAUAAACGUCACAAGGCUGACAAUACAGUUAACAGAAAGAAAACAAUAGUGUUAAGGAAUGGUAUGUGGCAGAACAUUAUUUGGAAAGAGGUGGCUGUUGGAGAUGUUGUGAAGGUCACAAAUGGGCAAUAUCUUCCAGCAGACUUGAUCCUUAUCUCUUCCAGUGAACCUCAAGCCAUGUGCUAUAUUGAAACAUCCAAUCUGGAUGGGGAGACUAAUCUUAAAAUUCGGCAGGGUUUGCCUCAAACAGCUAAAUUGACUUCAAGGGAGCAGCUGAUAAAAGUAUCUGGAAGAAUAGAAUGUGAAGGUCCCAACCGCCACCUAUAUGACUUCAUUGGGAACUUGUACUUAGAUGGUAACAGUUCAGUUUCAAUUGGGCCUGACCAGAUCUUACUAAGAGGUGCCCAGCUUAGAAAUACUCAGUGGGCCUUUGGCCUAGUUGUAUACACUGGACACGAGACCAAGCUCAUGCAGAAUUCAACUAAAGCACCUCUCAAGAGAUCCAAUGUAGAGAAAGUGACCAAUGUGCAAAUUCUGGUUUUGUUCGGCCUUCUACUGGUCAUGGCCUUGGUGAGUUCUGUGGGCGCAUUACUAUGGCAUCGAUCCCAUGAAGAUUUUAGCUGGUACUUUAGUGAAACAGAGACAAUUUCCAACAAUUUUGGAUAUAACCUGUUGACAUUUAUCAUCUUGUAUAACAAUCUCAUUCCAAUUAGUCUUCUGGUCACCCUUGAAGUAGUGAAAUUUAUUCAGGCCCUUUUUAUAAACUGGGACUUGGAUAUGUAUUAUGUAGAAAAUGAUACUCCUGCAAUGGCCCGGACAUCAAACCUUAAUGAGGAGCUUGGACAGGUUAAAUAUCUAUUUUCUGAUAAAACAGGAACCCUUACAUGUAACAUUAUGACCUUCAAGAAAUGUAGCAUCGCAGGAGUAACCUAUGGCCAUUUCCCAGAAUUGGAAAGAGAACACUCCUCAGAAGACUUCAGUCAGUUGCCUCCUUCCACGAGUGAUUCAUGUGUAUUCAAUGACCCAAGAUUGUUAGAGAACAUUGAAAAUGAUCAUCCCACUGCUCCGUGUAUACAGGAGUUCCUCACAUUGCUGGCUGUUUGUCACACUGUUGUUCCAGAGAAUGAUGGCAAUACUAUCAACUACCAGGCCUCCUCUCCAGAUGAAGGGGCUUUAGUAAAAGGAGCAAAAAAACUUGGCUUUGUUUUUACUGCAAGAACUCCUGACUCGGUUAUCAUAGAUGCGAUGGGCCAAGAGGAAACAUUUGAAGUUCUUAAUGUCCUGGAGUUUUCGAGUAACCGAAAAAGGAUGUCAGUAAUUAUUCGAACACCAUCAGGACAAAUUCGCAUCUACUGCAAAGGAGCUGAUAAUGUGAUUUAUGAAAGACUGUCAGAGGAUUCUCAGUUCAAGGAACAAACUUUGUGUCAUCUUGAAUAUUUUGCUACAGAAGGUUUGAGAACACUCUGUGUUGCCUAUGCAGACCUAUCUGAGGAGGUCUAUCAGCAAUGGUUGACUGUUUAUAAUGAGGCCAGCACAAAUUUGAAAGACAGAACUCGGAUGUUGGAAGAGUGCUAUGAAAUCAUUGAGAAGAAUCUUCUGCUUCUUGGAGCUACAGCCAUUGAAGAUCGUCUUCAAGCAGGUGUUCCAGAAACAAUAUCAACUCUAAUGAAAGCAGAAAUUAAAAUAUGGAUCCUAACUGGAGAUAAACAGGAAACAGCAAUCAAUAUAGGCUAUGCCUGCAAAUUGGUGUCACAAAACAUGUCUCUCAUUUUGGUGAAUGAAGAUUCUUUGGACGCAACAAGGGAAACCCUUACUCAGCACUGUGUUUUCCUUGGAAAUUCUCUGGGCAAAGAAAAUGACAUUGCCUUGAUCAUUGAUGGCCACACACUGAAGUAUGCCCUCUCAUACGAAGUCAGGCAGAUCUUCCUGGAUUUGGCCCUCUCAUGUAAAGCAGUCAUCUGUUGCAGAGUCUCUCCCUUGCAGAAGUCUGAAGUUGUUGACAUGGUUAAGAGGCACGUGAAAGCCAUCACCCUUGCCAUUGGGGAUGGUGCCAACGACGUGGGGAUGAUCCAGACGGCUCAUGUUGGCGUGGGGAUCAGUGGCAACGAGGGCAUGCAGGCAACAAACUCCUCCGAUUACGCCAUUGCCCAGUUUGCCUAUUUGGAGAAGCUUCUGUUAGUGCAUGGAGCUUGGAGUUACAAUCGUGUGACCAAAUGCAUCUUAUAUUGCUUCUACAAGAAUGUGGUGCUUUAUAUCAUUGAGCUUUGGUUUGCCUUCGUUAAUGGAUUUUCUGGGCAGAUUUUAUUUGAACGCUGGUGCAUUGGCUUGUACAAUGUGAUUUUCACUGCAUUACCACCCUUCACUCUGGGAAUCUUUGAGCGGGCUUGUACUCAGGAGAGCAUGCUCAGGUUUCCACAGCUCUACAGAAUUACCCAGAAUGCUGAAGGGUUUAACACAAAGGUUUUCUGGGGUCACUGCAUCAACGCCUUGAUCCACUCCAUCAUUCUCUUCUGGGGUCCAAUGAAAGUACUGGAGCAUGAUGCUGUGCUGGCAAGUGGUCGUGUUGUGGACUACUUAUUUGUGGGAAACAUUGUUUAUACAUAUGUUGUCGUUACUGUUUGUCUGAAAGCCGGUUUAGAGACAAGAGCUUGGACGAAGUUCAGUCACCUGGCUGUUUGGGGAAGCAUAUUGCUCUGGCUGGCAUUCUUUGGAGUCUACUCGACCUUCUGGCCUGUCAUUCCCAUCGCACCAGACAUGGUUGGGCAGGCAGGAAUGGUGUUAAGUUGUGGAUACUUCUGGCUGGGUCUGCUUCUCGUGCCUGGGGCAUGCUUACUUAAAGAUUUAGCAUGGAAAGCGGCCAAGCAUACCUACCAUAAAACUUUGAUGGAGCAGGUUCAGGAAUUGGAAACUAAGUCCAGAGAGCUGGGAAAAACUAUGCUUCGUGAUAGUAAUGGAAAGAGCUUGAAUGAGCGGGAUCACUUGUUAAAGAGACUGGGCAGAAAAACGCCUCCAACUCUCUUCCGUUCUAAUUCCAUCCAGCAAGGUGUAUCACAUGGAUACGCCUUUUCUCAAGAAGAACACGGAGCCGUCUCUCAGUCAGAAGUGGUCCGCUCCUACGACACCACCAAGCAGAGAGCUGGAGUGCAGUAGGACACUGCCUUCCCAUUUAAUGAAUACCAGGAAUUCAUGAGACUUGGGUGAUUGCAUCCAGCAUCCUUGACUAAGGCUGGCAGCAACAGCAGCUGAAACACCGGAAAGAAAAUUCAUUUCUGUGGCCUUAGCCAACAAGUUUGUUAAUUAUGUCUCCCCUUUGCAAACCUUGAGCACAUAUGGAGGGGGAAAUCGUUGUUUCAAUUUGUCUGCAAUGCUCUGCCUAACUUUUGUUUAUGUUGUUAUGAAGCAUUCGACCGUGCUCUGUGAGGUGUGAAAUUAAAAACAUUAUGUUUCACCAAUAUUUAAACAUCAGUACAAGUUGUUCUGGGAGAAAGGUAAAAGAAUUUUAUGUUCCGUGAGAAACCUAUCUUGCUUUAAUUGGAAUGGGGGUAUGGAAACUUCCUGUUUUGUUAACUUGCAGAUUAAGUAUGCCAGCAGCAUGUAAACCUUACUUCUAGACUGGUUGUUCCCUUGCUUUGAUUUAAAUUUUGUUUGUAUGAAGUUGACAUAAACUUCUUGAUUGCAAUGAAAUCACAACUAUGUAACGGGAUGACAAAUCUGAGAAUAUUUAUCUUAACCUUCUUAACCACCUACCUUCCUAGAAGGGCUCACAUAUAGGUGUUCCAGCGAAGUAUUCUACAUCCUUCCAAGGGGGGCUUUGUAGGUUCCUUAUAGAAGUUAUUUCUUCCCUGCACGCACAGACAGUAUUUCUUUCCUUCAGACCCUCUGCAUGGCAGGCCAGGUGUGCUGGUGACAUGGCAACCCAAUGCUGUGACUGUCCCAAUCACAUGAUUUCCCCUGUUUCUGGCCUCUCAGCCUGCAAACUCGACAGAACCCCGAUCAGAUAGGAGAAAUACUUUCCCCAUCCCCUUUUCCCCACUCUCCUUCCUUCAUAUAACAGAAGAGAAGAGUCAUAACCAUCCUGCAUAUGCCGAACGCAUUAAUUCUGUCCUAACGAGGCAGUCUCUUGGUGGCUGGUGCACAGGACCUGCCUUGGGUCCACAGCUAAUGAGGAGGUGAUAGGGGCAGUUCCCUUACUACCUGUCCAGCUGAUUGCUUCACAAUCACUCUGUACCCAGCAGGUUCAUGCCUUUGCAGCCCCUUGCUGUUGGAGUCCAUACCUAUGCCAAGAGUUCAGAGCCCAUGUUGGACAUUCACUUGCCAUACCUAAGAAGAGUUUCUAAUAUUUCUCCCUAGAAAGGACAAAGGGUUGGCGAUCUCAUCCUCUCCUUUUGUAGGAGAUCUUGGAGGGCUGAGUCGUGGAGUAUGCUUUCUCCACAAAAGAGGAGUGAGUACAAGGAAGAAGGUAGCUAAGAGGAAGGAUUGAAAAAGAAAAGACUGCAAGGAUGGAAUGUGGGAUAGGAGAGAGGGAGACAUGGAGGGUUCAUGCUAAUCAUGUCCAAGAAAUCAAACUAUAAAAAUCCAGCCCAAGGACUGGGGUCUUCUUGUAUUAACCCUGCAUCCAGUGUAUCAAGAAGGGGAAGUCUUUUGGUAAGGGUAGCCUUCUUAUGUCUAGCACUGAACAUUGGUUUACAGUGCUAUCCUUUGAUAGAAUGAGCCCUGGAUUAUUUACACUGUCAGUCCACUAAGUCCCCAGGAGGGAACAAAGGAUUAAAAAUGAAGAAUGAAUUGAAAAAUGCUGACCAACAUCCCAAAUAUUGCCUGGAAAGGAAACCUGCUCUUGCAUUUUGGUAGCGUCCAUUUAUUUUUGACUAUUUAAGACACUGGCACCUUUCUCAGGAUUGACUUAAGUAUCCUGAAUCUUAAGAAAAAGUUGGGCUGAAAUACUGCAUUUUCAGGACUGCACAGUGAUGUACAAUGCCACACUUCCAAAUUGUGCUAAACUCUGGAUGCCUUGGGGCAUAAGCAAGAGCAGUGAGAGCCCUUAGUAAACUACCAGCCUCUAGGCACAUCCCCUUCAUUUGUGUUGCCAAACCGUAUUCUUGACUGGCAUGAAGUAAAUACUGUUGGGCAGCCUGUUAAUGACUGACAUUUCACAGUCACUCUGUGGACUAGGGCACUUAAAAAAUGCACAGGACAAAAGAACAGUGCUGUUGGUUUUCUGGCCAUUUGGUUUCUGGGCAUUCAUGGCUUAUCAGACAUGAAUGUUUUUCAUUCAACCAAAAAAAAGAUCUGUUACACCAAACUCUGCUGAAAUGGGAUUUGGGAAAAGAAUGGAAAACAGCAGGAAGGAUAAGAUAACAGGUGUGGGUCAUCUUUCUCCCAGUGUCACUCUGAGGCUCGGAAAAAUCUCUUUCCCCACAUAUCACAAAGAGUAAUGUACUCUUUCAUUCCAAAAUGUAAUGGAAGACAGCUCUUGGGAGCUGACCACUUGGGAAAGCCAGUACCAUGGAAACUGUGAGGGAAUGACAACAAGAAAGAUACCCAUUUUUACAUGCAUCUGUAGCCAAGGCACAAAUGCCAACAUAUGGAUGGCAGUGUUCAAGGUACAGGGGAGAAAAGGAAACCAGUUGCUGUGAGGAUGCUCUAACCUUGACCCUUAAACGUUUUUUUUUUUCAUUUAGGAACUAUUUUUGUAUGGAAAGAGGAGAAUAAGAGAUAACUCCCUCUUUCUGGACCUCCUUUAGUCUUAUCAAGUCAAAUUCAUUCAUCAUUUUCUUUCCUCCUUAACUACAGACCCUCUUUCCUGAGAUUUAAGGAUACUUUCCUUUUUAAAAAAAAAAUGGACCAAUCUCUAGAAAGAGGAAGAAAAUACACACACACACACACACACACACACACACACACACACACAUGGAAAGAGUGGAGGGAGAAGAUGCCUCUCUCUCUUUCCUUAGCCCAGUGAGCUUUCCUGUAGCCAAAUGAAUGAUCCUGGUUUCUAGGAGGAGCAGCUGUCAUUUGAUGUGAUUUAUUUAGCUAGUGCAGACUCAGAGGCUGUAUCAUUUUGCCCUCUCUCCAAAUUGAGGUCAGAAUGUCAUGCACAAAACGUCCCCAGAGUGAAGUAAUGGAUUGAACUAAGAUACAUGUGCUAGAUGUUGGCUCACUAGAAAUCCCACACGGGAACUGUCACUGGGCCCUACAAUCUGGGCCAUUAGGACUGGCAGGUCAGACUUUAUCAGUGCCCAAGGAUCUUAAUCUGAAUCAGGUUUAAUCCUGCAAAACCCACCCCAGGUCAAGCCCCAGCAUUCUUCCUGUUCUCUGGAACCAUUACAAGCCUUAAUCUAUUGUGGUACACAACUGACUCUUUAGAGCUGGUAUGCGUGAAUGAUGACUUAGUGUGUUCCUGGCCAUCUAGGCAAAAAGAAAGGACGGGUCACUCUGUGUAAACCGAAUUCUGAGUUCAUUUGCAGAGAUGCUUAUGCCAGCAAAGACAGCCUUUGAAAGUCCACCAUGAAAAGGUGAUUGACCGGGCAGGGUGGUGGAGCAGAAUGAACUAAAGCUUUCUGCUUGGCGAUCUGGAUUAACACUUCAGUUAUGAUCAAAAAGGACUUUCUUUUUUCAGCUCUGUGUCCCAGCCAAUAUUUCUGGAACUAAGUUCUGGGGAGCCACUGAUGCAUCUACCCCAUUCUCUGUAGUCCAAAAUAUUUAGGGCUUCCUUUCCCAUUUCCCUCCUUCACCCUCCCAUUCCUCCCGAGAAAGAAAACACACAAACUUUUGGGUUUGGGAUCAAUUGCCAUGCCAUACCUGCACGCUGUGGAUAGAAGAUACUGUUUCUUUAACACCCUUAGAGUAAUAUUUUUAAAAGUGAACCAAGAUUUUAGCAGAGCACUGCUGAGAAGUCUGUUGACGUUUUCUUUUCCUUGACAAGGCUUCAGGUCUUGCUGUAGGGAGCUGGCAGUGGAAAUCAGUAAUAACUUGUCAAGGAGAAAUAGUAGGGGAAAAAAAUCAGAGUUAGUUGCUAAUGUCGAGAAAUGUGUUGGAUGUAUAUAUUAUGGACACUAAACUUGACUUUUUUUCAGGCAACUAACUCUCCACUUAUCACAGUGACCCCUUAAUUUGCUUUUGGAACCAUAAUGAAGAAAAAGUUCUCAUCCAAUUUCCUGGUUUCUAAAGUUGUCAGGGCCCAGCCCUUAAGUUUGCCUGGAAUCCCUCAUACCAGCUUUACUCCACAGGAUCUAUUCCUUGUUUUGAAAACAACUGCACACAUUUCAGCUCCGGUUUGAAUUACAGCCCAGGGUCAUAGUCCUCAAGUAAUUCAAGGAGUGAUUUAACCUCAGCAUUUGUAAUGAAUCCUUCAUCUCCUGAGAUCCAUAGAAAAAUACAAACAAGGAAUUUGGUAACUCGUUGAAGUCUGACAUGCUAACAUAUCAAAGAAAUGAGUUAACCAGGUCAAGCCAAAAGACAGUGUCUCCUAUCAUAAUUAUGAAGAUGCAGCGAAUGCUUCAUGGAAAUGAAUCAAUGAGAAGUGGGGAUGGGGGCAUACCAAGCUCUAAGCCAGGGACUAAAAAAGAGUGACUUUAUUUAGGCAUUGUCCAAUGGAUUUUUAGUGUAAGGCCUACACUGGCCUCAGGCAGACAUGCAUCUCAGUGAUGUAGCCUUGAGGAAGAGGAUUUAAUCUUAUGCCAUCCAAAAAAACCUGGUUAUUUUUCUGUCUUAAAAGGGUAGAAUGAAAGUAGGAGCCUGAGGACAAUCCCAAGGGUUUUCCAUGUUGACAAAUGUUUAAAUUUUACUGAGAGGGGAGAGAGCAGGAUCUAUGGGGCUUCUCCCGGUUCAAGGCCGAAACUUUAGUGACCCUUUUCCCACUACUUAUUCCCCCACUCCUCCACUAAAAACCGUAUGCUUACAAAAUAAACAUGGCCAUUCAACAAUGGUUUGCCUUCAGAGAUUUGGACACACUCAACACUGUAGUGGUCUGUGGCUCUGCCACCGUAUAAGGGGCUUUGCAAACAGGACUGAUUUAUCCUCUUAACAUAGUUUUCCCUGGGCCCCAGAAGGAGCCAACAUCGUAUAAAUAUAUUUCUUUCUAAUCUUACAAGAACUCAUUCCAAAUCAUCAACCUAAAGUAUGGGAUGCUUAAUUAGUGCAGUCUUAGAGACAAGAAGGGCUACUGAACAAAAGGAGGAGCAGCUAGCCAGAAUGUUAAGUUCUAGACCAAGAUUGGAGGAGGCCUAACUUGCAAGUAAUUGUAAUCACAAACAAUAUCUAUAGAAAUGGUAUGUCCACUUUCAGCACUAACAGAGAGGAAGCAGGCUAAAUAAAAGUCAGGGAGGAUGAUUUGGCAGCCAGCCCCCUAAAGGAGCUUAUUCUCAAAUGCAGAACCCCGUCUACCUACCGCCUCUAUCAUAGCUUCAGACCAAGAAGAUCGAUCGCGUGUGCGCCCAAUAUUAACCAGAAGGCAUUUCUGCCGGGCCAGGGAAAGAAGGUUUGUCAACUUACUAAAAAAGGUUAAUAACUAACUCCAUACUUCAUGCAUUCAUGCUGUAUAGUUAGUGUCAGGUCCCUAUGUCUGAGGGAAAAGAAAAAAGAAAUUUGAACUUGGGGCUAAUCUCCAACUAACCAUUCCCAGAAAAACAUGAGGGCCAAGCCAAGAUCAAUUUGAUUAGUCACCCUUCAAGGCAACUUCCCCAAAGUGGAAGAGAAAGAAAGGAAACUUUCAGAAACAAACCUCAGGAAUAGAAUAAAGAUAAGAACCUGUUUAGAAGGUGACAUCAUCAAGUUGUAGAGAUAGGGAAUAUCCCUUGUGUGAUUCCAUUGUCAUUGGACAGAAAGAAAAACAAAAACACUCUCCCACUGUUCACAAAAGCAAUCCAAGCUGUCUAAAUCACACCUGUUGGGAAUAAAGCAGAAUUUCUCUUAUCAGGAAAUGCUAAGUCUCAUUCUCUCCCUUUCAUACUUUGUCAGCAAUGAAUGUGCUCAGAGUUCAUGCCUGCUGGCCUCUUUCUAAAUAUGGCAGCCAAGCAAAUAAUGGCCUCUUUCUAAAUAUGGCAGCCAAGCAAACAAAAGCAAGUGCAGAGACACAAAGAUGGUCUUCAUACUCUUUGCUGGUAGGCACAGAUGGGAGCGCUCUGGUCCGUGGGUUGAUUAGCCUAUCAUGGUCCUGGAUAUUUCACUAGUGUGGCCCAUUGUUCCUGGAGGUCAAAUAUUCUGCUGUUUGAAUGACAGAAUCAUCACUGUGUCUUUUUCAUCAGCGAGUAAAGUCACGUGCUCCCUUGUCUGUCAUAUCUGUGCUUGGAUUGCUUAAAUAUUGUUUUAGAUGGGGAGGUUUUAAUCUGGAUAUGCAGAGUGGAGCAGUGCUGUAGGGGAAUGUUUAAUUGGCUCCCAGCAGAGCGGCGGGAGCUUCAGUGGUGUGUGGGUUUUUUUUUUCUUUCUCUCCCUCUAGAAGUGUUGCCAUUUUCACGUCCUAUUAAUGUCCUCUGGUAGUUAAAUUACAGGAGCACAUUACAGUGGAGUGGGGUUCCCUCCUGGAGUGAAUACAAAUGAAGGUCAUUUACUUGCGUUUUUAGAGGGUUCGGAGAAUUUAGUGAUUUGUAGCUUUGAUCAGUCCUGUUGACUGGUGUAUGUCUGCACAAACCUGUUUCAAAUAAACCUUUUGUUAAAGUAAA